UAUUUGUUCAAAGGCAGGGUUUGGAGGCGGUGGGCGUGGCGUCAUGGGGCUCAUUUGCAUAGUGCGCAGUAUAUAAAGGGCGCAUGAGGCUGCGGACAUCACUCUGCCGCUUCGCCUGAUCCGUUCUUCUCACAUCAGUGUGUCUGAAAACCUGAUCUCUGCAAACAUGUCUGACAAACCCGAUAUCUCAGAAGUCGAGAACUUCGACAAGACCAAGCUGAAGAAGACUGACACUGUGGAAAAGAACCCACUGCCAACCAAAGAGAUGAUCGAGCAGGAGAAGACAGGAUGAAGGCCCGGCCUCCUGCACGCUGUACAUUCCACAUGCCUUACCCUUUUUUAUCAACCUUUCCCACAUGCAUUCUCAGUUGCAGCACUCUGAUUCGACAAAUUGCUGCACAACCACACACCAAACCUGUCACUUGCCUAAAAUGUUCACCGUAAGGAAGCGUGGUUCAGUGACGGCAUGGGUUCCUUGUCAUCUGUUUUGCUGUGGCUGAAAGUCGAGGUGUGUUCUGAAACAACUGAGGGACCUGCGCUUUACCAGCUGUGAAUGCUCACAAAGCAGUUCUCUAUUUUUUUUUUUUCUGAACUGGAAUGCACAAGUUUAAAUAUGCAAAAAUAAAAACUGUAAAUUGA